CUAUGCAAACGUGUGUGCUCCCCACUUUAAACUGUGGAAAUGUGCAGUCAUGACGGCAUAAAAUGCAGGACGUUUACGAGAAUUUAAUCGAAUGAGGACCGAUUGAAAUUCAUGUUCUCGUUCGACAUUUUUCUAUGGUUAGAACAUGUGCAUUAGUUUACUGAGGAAGAUAUGUCAUUGGGGACCGCUCUCUGCUUUAGCAAUUAUCAAGAUAAUUACGUUAAUGACAAUACACUGCAGCAAACAAUGGUGGUCUCCGCAAGAAAGCAUUCCAGCUGCUGCUAGUUUUUUAUUGUUCUUCACUUUGAGUGGAUUAACUUUGUUUCAUUUCAUCAGCGCAAUUUUUGAGGGUCCUGGAUAUCUUUCAUUAAAAUGGACGCCGGAGAAAAUUACAGAUACACAAUACUUACAAUAUUGUGUUGUCUGUCAAGGAUAUAAGGCACCAAGAUCACAUCAUUGUAGAAAAUGUGAUCGCUGCGUAAUGAAAAUGGACCAUCAUUGUCCAUGGAUAAAUACAUGCGUUGGACAUUAUAAUCAUGGCCAUUUUACGGCAUUUUUAGCAAGUGCAGUCGGUGGUUGUUGCGUCUCCACUGUUAUAUUAAUUUCCUGGGUUACGACUGUAUUAUCUAUGAAGCCAUUACCAUUCCCACCACCAUCAAUUUUUACAUUAAUAUUAGUAGUAUUUAGUAUUGGUUUAUCAAUCGGAGUUGUACUUGCAGUGGGAAUGUUGCUGUACUUUCAGAUGUUAGCUAUUGUGAGAAAUCGAACAGAAAUAGAAGAUUGGAUUUUGGAAAAGGCGCGAUGCCGGCGAGAUAAUAUGGAAGCUGAAUAUGUACAUCCAUAUUCAAAAGGAUGGCGUUUCAAUAUUAAUCAGAUCUUUACUUGGGAUUGUACUCCAGUUGGCGAUGGCAUUACAUGGCCCAUUAUCGAUGGCUGUGAUCAAUACACAUUAACGAGGGAGCAAAUCGCACAAAAACUAGAUAAACGGAAAAGAGCCCGCAAAUAUAGAGUUAUAAAACCUGCUUCAGGAUCAAAAUUACCAGUUAGAUAUGGCUGUAAUGUGUUUUGUCAUCCACCUUGCACUGAUGAACCGCGUAUCAAAUUGAAUGUAGAUGAUAUUGUGGUUGUAACACGUUGGAAAAAAUAUUGGCUGUUUGGAGAAAAAGAACAAAAGGGAGGAAAUGAUGGAUCGAAACGUAUAAGAGGGUGGUUUCCACGUCCCUGUGUGAUUGAAGUAAUAGAAAAUGAAUUGCAUGAUUCAGAUAAUUUGCUUAAGGACAAUUAAACUUUGAAGAAAUGUGAACAACUGGCUAUGAGAAUAAUUAACAAAAUGCUAGCAGUGUACCAGCAAUGUGGCAAACUCAAUAGUGAUUUUACAGUAAAUUUCGAAAUGCGUCUUUAUUAAAUAGUAUGGUUUAAAUAGUAUGGUUCGUCAAUAUAAUGAUGGAAAUACAAUAAAAAUUAAGCAGUGUUUUUUAUCAUUAGUAGCAUAUUGCUGUAUCAGAAAUUGAUUGCAGAGAAAGAGCAGAAAUUCAGCAUAAUCAACAUAAUCUACUAUCAGGAUGUCACAAAAUGCGGCAAAAAUACGACCUAUUCAACUUGUCAAGAGAUACGAUAGUGUCAACAACAGCGAAACGGAAACUGUAUUUAUAUGCAAAUAGCCCAAUAGCGAGUACCUUAGAUUUAAUACUUUAGAUUGAAUCUCACUAAGAACUGAUUAAAUUUUUUUUAAUAGACUCAACUGAUUUGAAUUUGUUUUACACAAUGAAAUAUAUUUUUGCUCUACAUGCUCUGAACAGAUAUGUUACCAAACAAAGUCUCAGUGUAUUAAAAUAUUUAUUGAGAAACCUAA